ACCCCGAUCGCGUUCAAUACGAACUGCAGCCACAGCGGACCCGCAUCUUUGGCCUCUCAGCCGGAGUCAUAUCUUGCGACAUUCUCACAUCCUAUCUUACGUGUCUUUAGUCCUGACUUCCAUAUCCUCGAAAGAUGUUGCCAACACCGACCCCGUCGUCGCCCGGACACGCCACCUCGAGCCCUCCUCCUGAGAGUCACAACGUGACUGAAACCUACGAUCAUGAAGACAGUUAUCCUGCUCCUCCUCCCAGCAACAAAAGCGUACCUUUUUGGGUACUCUCUGCACUGUUUGACAAGCUUCAGACGGAAAGAAAGCCUGAGAAACGAAGAAAGCUUCUAGAUAGUUGGUUCAAUCACUGGCGACAUGACGUAGGAUACGACCUGUACCCGGUACUGAGGCUGAUUCUGCCCCAGAAAGAUAGAGAACGAGCUGUGUAUGGUCUGAAGGAGAAGAAUCUGGCAAAGAUUUACAUCAAGAUGAUUCCUCUACAACCCAAAGAUCCGGACGCUAUACGUCUUAUAAAUUGGAAGAGACCUUCCGAUAGAUUUAGAACGUCUGGCGACUUUCCGAUAGUUCUUUAUGAAGUUGUCAGCAAGAGAUCAUCCGUAAUCGAGGGAACACUCACUGUCCAUGAACUGAAUGACGUCCUCGAUGAAGUCGCCGCUAAUAUGGGUAAAUCCGAUAUUCAGGCAAGAGUUAUGCAACGCGUGUAUAACCGUACCACUGCUGAGGAACAACGCUGGAUAGUGCGCAUCAUUCUCAAGGACAUGAACAUUUCCGUCAAGGAGACCACCGUGUUCUCAGUAUUCCACCCAGAUGCUCAUGACCUUUUCAAUACCUGCUCGGACCUGAAGAAAGUAGCAUGGGAGUUAUGGGAUCCGAAACGUAGACUCAAUGAAGAGGACAAAUCCGUGCAGCUAUUCCGGGCCUUCGCUCCUAUGCUCUGUAAACGGCCUACGCGCAAGAUUGAGGAGUCUGUGAAGGACAUGCAAGGAAGUACAUUCAUCAUGGAAGAGAAACUCGAUGGAGAACGUAUUCAGUUACAUAAGCGCGGAAAUGAAUAUUUCUAUUGCUCGAGGAAAGGAAAGGAUUACACCUAUCUCUAUGGUAAACACGUCGGCACUGGAAGUUUGACGCCACAUAUCGAUGUCGCAAUAGAUCCACGAGUGGAUAGUAUAAUCUUGGAUGGAGAGAUGCUGGUAUGGGAUCCGGUAUCUGAGCGGAACCUGCCAUUUGGUACUCUUAAGACGGCAGCCUUAGAUAAAACCAAGAAGGAGCACAACCCCCGUCCAUGCUUCAAAGUUUUUGACCUUCUUUAUCUCAACGGUCAAUCUCUCCUCCUCAAGUCCCUCAAAUACCGUAAACGUAACCUCCAAGCAUGUAUCGAAGAAGUGAAAGGCCGACUUGAGUUCACUCUUGAGUUUGAAGGCAAGACUGCUCAAGAUGUUCGAGAUAAAAUGGAAGAGAUUAUGGCCAAUAGGGGAGAAGGCUUGGUCAUAAAACAUCCUGGAUCGGUGUACACUUUGAACGGGAGAAACAAGGACUGGAUUAAAGUGAAGCCAGAGUAUAUGGAUAAUAUGGGCGAGACGGUUGACGUUCUUGUCGUAGCGGGUAACUACGGAACUGGGAGACGUUCAGGAGGUGUCUCUACACUUAUUUGCGCAGUCCUGGACGAUAGGCGUCCCGCUGAUCAGGAUGAAGAACCCAAGUACAGCUCAUUUGUACGAAUAGGUUCCGGCUUCUCAUACGGCGACUAUGUUUUCAUCCGUAGCAAGCCUUGGAGGGAAUGGGACCCGAAGAGACCACCAAGUUUCUUUCAAGUGUCGAACAGAGGUAUCGAAGAUAAGGGAGAUGCCUACUUGGAGCCUGAAGACUCGUUCAUAGUGAAAGUCAAAGCUGCGGAGAUCGUCCCUUCAGAGUUGUAUCAUAUGGGCCUCACUAUGCGAUUCCCUCGAGCCCUCUCGAUUCGAGAAGAUCUCUCCAUAGCAGAUUGCAUGACUGCCACAGCUGUUCUGGAUAGUCUGCGUUCAGAAAAGAAGAGGAAGAUGGAGAAUGAUGACAACAUAUCGAGGAAGAAACGGAAGACAACUAGCAAAAAGCCCACUGUGUUGCCACAAUACCAAGCUGCCAACUUGUCUGAUGUCAAAGCUCAAAGCAAACUCUUCAAGGGCCAUACGUUCAUGGUGGCAUCCGAUCCUAAGUCAAAGACGGGAGACGAGGACAAAGCGAACCUUCAGAGACUGAUACGACAACACGGUGGCAAGAUAGUCCAAGUCGCAAGGAGUCAGAAGAAUGUCAUCGUCGUCUAUGACGGAUCCACGAUUCCAUACGAUAUCAGGAUGAUCAUGGACAAAGGUGCCAUAGACAUCAUCAAGCCGAUUUGGAUCACGGACAGCAUCGCCAAAGGCGAGCUGGUACCCAUGAGGAAGAAAUACUUCUUCCAUGCAACAGCUAUUCGACAAACUUCCGAAGACUAUAACGCAGAGGAAGAAGAGGAAGAGGAGGCGAUGCCAUCCACAAGUGGUGCCGAAAAGGAAGAGGCAGCUUCAAGUCGUACAGUCUCAGAAGCAGAGGAAGAACCCGAGCCCGAACCGAAACCCGCCAGAGAGCCAAGUCCGGAGCCACUUAAAGAGACUCCAAUUGAUCCUGAGCUCGCAGGAUGGUUUACCGUUGAUGAUAAGACUGCGUCCGAACGAUCACAACCUCAAUACGCUGAUUCGGAGACUGAGCCAGAACCUGACUCGGAGAACGAGGACGUCAAGGAUGAAGACGCGGACGUCCCGGACGUCGCCGGUGAGGAGGCAGACGAUUGGUUGAAUGUACCGAGUUCUAUUACUCAAGCCACUAGCGAGGAAGCGACCCAAGAGUGGACGGAUGUCAAGAUGGGUGAAACUGAGGAUGCUAUGCACUACGAUGAAAAUCUCAUCUUCAAACAUCUGUGUUUCUAUCUUGAUUCACCGGAGAACGCGCGGAAGAACGAUUUGCCAGUGAAGUCUAAGCAUGAACCACAAAUCAGUGAAAGCUUUGACAAGAUCGCGCAGCUGAUUACGGAUAAUGGCGGCAAAGUUGUCGAUCUCUUUAAUCCUAAACUAACUCACAUUGUGUUGGACAAGAGAGACAUCAGUCGUAGGGUGGAUCUCAUGAAGAAGACAUCCAAGCCUAAGCGGCGGAACCUUGUGAUUUCGGACUACAUUGAAGCUUGCUUGGAUGAAGGGACGCUACUCGACGAAGACGCUUUCGUACCAUGAUUGCUCAGAAGUACUAGGUUGUUCAUGGUUUUACUCUCAGUUCUGCUUCAUUGGGGUCCGGAUAUCUUUCGCCUUGUAUUUUAACGAGAUCCAAUGUAUGUAUGGAAAAAUGAUCACAAUGUAUCAAAGAUUUGGAAAGGUGG